AACUUUUUACUUCACCUAAUAUCUGCGACUAUAGAUUUGUUCGAGUUGCUUGUAUUUUUCACAUUUUUACACCUAAUGCCCGUUGCACACUAGUGCACCCCAAACAUCACAGAAUUUCCAAAAUACGUUCUAAAAACGCUUUUAGGACAGUGGGACGUCAUCAGACUAUUUUUAGGAUAUCCUUUGAAGGUGUGAGCCAUCUGAAAAUAGCUAAUAUCUAAUUAGUUUAUUCUCAUUAAUUGCACUUUUUACACUCUCAUACUUAGUGAACAUACUUAGUGAACAUUAAGUCUAUUCUUUUUCGUUGAACUGAUGCCAUAAAUUGGAGAGCGACAAAUAUAUGUUUGUCUCACUUUAACUUUAACUUAUUGCACCAAUACAGCUGUGAAGCGAAAAAGAACAGACUUUAAUCCGACUCUGAUCCGAUUCGAAACCCGGUGGAAACUUAGGGCUAUCGCACACAAAUUGACAUAACUGCAUAUGCAUAGCAUAAGAUCGUAUGGACCAAUGAGCAUCGAAUAUUAAGCAUCGAACACCAAUAUGGCGACUUAAUACUCGAUGCUCAUUGGUACAUACGGUCUUAUGCUAUGCAUAUGCAGUUAUGUCAAUUUGUGUGCGAUAGCCCUUAGUCUGUAUCAUGGACAUAAGAUUAUUUGAACAAAGCACAAAGUAUGAUUAUAGACGAAUGUCUAUAAAUUUGUUUCACUCUAAUUUAUUGUACCAGUGCUGUAGUGCAGAGCGAAAGAACAGACCUAUCGACUGCAUUCCGAUAUUCGACUACGGCAAACAACGUAUUGUAGAACCAGCCUAACUACUGUUAUGUUAAAACUUGUUAGAAUACGUUCGGACCAUGAAAUAUUUUUGGAACGUGCCUCAACGUUUUCCGCCGAGAAGAUCACCCUCAUAUAAUCAUUUCUCUACACCUAACAAGUUUUUUUUACUAGGAAAUGGCGAAAGGACCAAAGGUUUAAGGUCUGAAUGGCAAAUAGAGAGAGAGACAGAUUCAUAACCUUUCAGUGUAUACCCCUCUUAACGAAAAAGAAAAACAGUGAGUGAAGCAAAAAAGUGAAUGUGCGAGUUUUUUUUUGUUUCUUGUGUGUAGCUGUGAAAUCGGAUAAUAUAAACUGUAGAAGUUAUCGAGUGGUCAAGAGUGUAUUCGCAGAAGAUCAUCUAAGGAUCAUACAAGGAGGUAAAAAAAUUAUUAAUCUUCACAAUGCCUAAAAUAGAAAGCAUUAUCGAAAAACACAAGAGAUAAGUAAUAUGAUAAUUAACAAGGUUGAAUGUAAAAAUAUUACGCCGUUAUCAAGAAACAUAUUUGUAGCUUCAAGUAAUAAUUUUGAGAAUAAUAAUGAAGUACGUUACGUUGAAUAUAAUGAUUCUUAUGAUACUUAUAAUAUCCAUAAUGAUUUAGAGGUCUUGAAUACGAAUUCAGACACUGAUUCCAAAAAUCAGAUAGAAGACGUAAGUAAUUAUAUUUCAGACAGUGAUUCCAAUGAUCACAUGGAACAUAUAAAUUGUACAAAUAAUUGUAGAUCUACAAAUAUCACAGACGAUUCCCUAGCUUCUUUAUUGUUUUGGUUGCAAGAAUGGACAAUUAAAAAUAAUAUAACUCAUGUCGCGUUAAAUGAAUUAAUGUGUCGUAUAAAACCUAAGUAUCCAGAAUUGCCUAAAGAUGCUCGCACUUUACUAAGAACUCCAAGAAAAAUUAAUGUAGACGUUGUUACACCAGGUCAUUAUUAUCAUUUUGGCAUAUGUAACUACAUUGAAAAACUUUUAUCGCGAUGUUCUUUUCAUAAUGACAACUUUAUUGAAGUUAAUAUAAACAUUGAUGGUUUGCCGUUGUUCAAAAGCUCAAACAGUCAAGUUUAUCCCAUUUCAUGCAAUUUAGUUGAAAAUUACAAUAAAGUAGAAAUUAUUGGGAUCUAUCAUGGAUAUGAAAAGCCCACUAGUGCUAAUGUAUUUUUACAACGUUUUACAGAAGAAGCAAACUAUUUAACAAUUCAUGGUAUAAAAAUUAAAGAUCAUAUCUAUUCUUUUAAAAUUAAUUCUUUUAUAUGCGAUGUUCCUGCUAAAAAUUUUGUCACUUAUAUUAAAGGACAUUCGGUUUUUUAUGCAUGUGCGAAAUGUACAGUUAAGGUAAUGUACAGUUACAAAUAUUAUUGUAAUAGAGUGAUUUAUCCAUAUAUAAAUAAUUGUCAUUUAAGAACAAAUAACGAUUUUCGACAAAAAUUACAAGAACAUCAUACAGGCACAUCAAUACUUGAAUCGAUUCCUAAUAUAAAUAUGAUAACUGAUUUUUCAUCAGAUCCGAUGCAUCUAAUAUUCUUGGGAAUUGUCAAAAAACUUAUCACUUUUAUGGUGAAAACCCAAAAGAAAAUUAUCCUUUUAUCAAAUGUCUGAAAUCUCGAAGUUACUAUUAGAUCAAAGAAAGAAUGUACCUUCCGAAUUUAAUAGAAAAUCAAGAUCUUUAUUUGAAAGUAAAAGAUGGAAAGCAACUGAAUUUCGAACUUUUUUGUUAUACACGGGACCCGUAGUCUUAAAAUCUAUUAUAAAUAAAGAUCAAUAUUGUAAUUUUCUAACAUUGCAUAUAUCUAUCAGUAUUCUAUCAAAUUCAAAACAUAUAGAGCAAUAUUUAGGUUAUUCCAAAUCCUUAUUACAAUAUUUUGUUGAAACAUUUAUUGUUUUAUAUGGUAAAGAAAAUGUAUCGCACAACGUACACUAUUUAUUACAUAUUUAUGAUGACGUAGAAAAAUUUGGACCUCUUCAACAAUUCAGUGCUUUUCCAUUCGAAAAUUAUUUAUAAUCAAUAUUAAAAUUAAUUCGCAAAAAUAAUAAGGAAUUAGAACAAAUUAUUUGUCGUAUAACUGAAAGAAAUAAUUGCAUACAUCAUAACUUAAAAAUGACACAUAAUGAGACCACAUUUUUAAAUCCACAUUUCAAUGGUCCACUUAUGAAUUUCCGUAAUUGUAAUCAAUUCAGUAAAGUUGUGUUCAAACAGUUUACUUUAAAAAUAUGUGAACCAGAUAACUGCUGCAGUUUAAAGAAUGGAAAUGUUAUUGUUAUUAGAAAUAUUGUCGUUAAUAAUAUAGGCCCUGUUGUCAUUGGAAAUAAAUAUAAGAAUCUUACAGAUUUUUAUACUGUACCAUGCAAAUCGUCAAAAUUAGGUAUAUAUUUAAUCGACGAUAUUGGGAAUUUAGAGUUUUGGAAUCUAAAGCAAAUUACGAAUAAAUGUUUUAAAUUAAAAUACAAAAAUAAGUCCGUAGUUUUUCCACUAUUGCAUUUAUAAUACUUAAAAAUUUUUCUCCUUUGUGCUUUUUGAUAAAAAAAAUGCUAUAAUUUUACAUAAUAUAAUCAAACACUAGAAGUAGUAUUUCGAAGUAAAUAAUUUGAGUAUUUGUACGCAAGUACUUAUGUGCUCGUGCACAUGUAUACAUAAAUGUAUGAGUGUGUAUUUGUAUGGAGUAAAUAAGGAUUGUGAGGGGAAAUGAAUUAAUGAAUGACGAGCUUCCGAGAUCCUAUCCAAUGUUCAUGAUAAUUUAUUGACUUGGAUCUUAUAUAAGGUGUAGUAAAAAGAAAUCCAUUAUUUUUCCAAUAGAUGGCUUUAGUAAUGUGUAUCUCGCAUUGUGUAAGUGCGAUCAGUUUACGCUAGAAAGGCGUUAGAAAGAUAAGAUUUUGUACUAAAAAAACUUCUCAGACAGUUUUGUGAUUGUUUGACUCAGUAUUGUUUGAGCGCGCGUCAAAUAUGGACACCAGCAAAGAGAAAAUACGCCAUAUUUUACAGUUU